AUGAAGAUAUGUGUACGCUAUCUCGGUGACCCUGGUUAUAAACAAGGUAUUGGUCAGGAACUUGGUGUUACUCAACCAACGGUAUCUCGGACUGUGGAUAGAGUUGUGAACAGCAUAGUUGCACAGUCGAACGAAUGGAUAAAGAUUCCAACUUCCAACCAUGAACUGAUGGAGGCCAAUCGGAUAUGGCAAAACAUGUAUAAAUUUCCGUCAGCAAUUGGUGUAAUUGAUUGUACACAUAUAGGAAUCCUGAAAUCAAAUCGCCAUGCAGAUCAGUAUAUCAACCGAAAAGGGAAACCUACUUUAAAUGUGCAAGAAACUUGUGAUGUCAGAGAGAUGUUCACAAGUGUUGAUGUCAGUUGGCCUGGAUCAGUGCAUGAUUCCAGAAUAUGGAGAAAUUCACAGACUAGAUCACAACUUGGCGAUGACGGUUAUGGUAUUGAGCCAUGCCUCAUGACUCCCUUCAGAAAUCCUACUCCAGGUGCAGAAAUAAAUUAUAAUAAGCUUUUAAAACAAGAAAGAGUUAUAAUUAAACGCUGUUUCGGCCAAGUGAAACGCCGGUUUCCUGUCCUACAGUAUGUUUGCCGGGUAAAGUUGGAAAAUGUAGAAUUCUAG